AUGAAAACUGUUGAUCUUGGGUUAUACAGUUUGUCGGCACUAGUUGGUGUGCAGGGAGCCGGGAAUUCUUGUGAAGAUAUUGAUCCAGUAGCAUGCUCUAGCAUGGCCAAACAAAAUGUAAACUUGUGUGCGGAACCCGUACUUUCACAGUCAGCUUGUCCAAAGUUUUGUGGCAAAUGUCCAACGACCUGCUACAACUGCAAAAUAACUACUACCGACGUGAGCUCGUGUAAUACAGUCACGUGUGACAAGAACACGAUGUGUUUGGUAGAAAUGAGGAAAAUGACAAGAACUGGACAAAUUAAAUACAGUCUUGGGUGUGCAACAGAACAUUUUUGUGAUAAUGGUGUGAAAAGGGAGUUAGAUUCAAGAUCUCUGACGAUUGACUGUUGUGAUAAAGAUUUGUGUAACGUUCCUUUAACCACGACUUUAGCAUCAACAAAACAAACAACCACAGCUCCAACAUCGACUGCCACAACAACAACAGCUCAAACAACAGCUAAAGCAACUGCUGCGCCAACAGCCAAUCCGUGCAUAAAUCGCCCGUGCCACAAUGGUAUCUGUUUGAGUUCAAACGGAGCAUUUUUCUGUAGGUGCAAUAGUGGCUAUACUGGACAUCUAUGUGACGUUGCUCUUAACUCUUGUUAUAAUAACACUUGUGUACAUGGCACCUGCACACCGUAUGGAGUACACUUCUUUUGUCGUUGCCAACAAGGAUGGGCCGGUACAACUUGCAAUUCACGGGGCCAUUGUGUUUCAAAUCCUUGUGUACAUGGAUUCUGUAUGAACAAUUUCCAGCCGUAUAAAUGUAUUUGUUCAACAGGAUAUAUGGGGAAUCGCUGUGAUAGAGCAAACCAUUGUACUUCUAAUCCCUGUGUACAUGGACACUGCACGAAUAACUUGGUGACUUUUAAGUGUAGUUGUUCAGUCGGAUAUGUGGGAACUCACUGUGAGAAAUUUUGUAGCCGCGACAUUCUUGUCAGGAUCGACCUAUUGCUUUUAAAUCAUCAAUCUACAAUACAAUUCCUGCAAAACUUAAUCAAUAAAAUGCAGAUAGGAUCUAACGGUGUGCUGAUGGAGUUUACAGUCUUUGCGCAAUCCAGUGUGUACAAUAGAUGGGGACUUAAUUCGUACACCACUAAAAGUAAUCUUAUAUCCGCAAUCGGUAACCAGUACCAUCUGUUUAAGGCUCCAAGUCCGGACAUAUAUGCACCAGUUUAUAGCCUAUACAUGCAAGGAACCCGGGGGAUUGGUGAACGUAUUAACGUCCCGGAUGUAGCUUUAAUCAUCACUGGUCCUUUUGGAAUUAGCAACUAUAAUGUCAAAUCUAUGGCGGAUAGAACAAAUGAUUAUAUACCUAUAACUACCAUUGGAGUUGGCAAUGUCAACACACAGAUGCUUGGAUCUAUCGCCAAAAACAGUGCCCAUGCUUUGACUGUCGGAAAGGAAUCCGACCUAGUUGACAAUGCUUUUGUUGACAAAGUUUUGAACCUUCUUUGUUCAUAAUAAUUGUAAAUACAUUUUAAGCAAAAAAAAAAUGUAUGAAUAGAAUGUAAAGUUUUGAAAAUUAAAAAUAAAAUAGGAUGAA